AUGGCAGGGGUAGUCUUGGCGACAGCUGGCUACGACCAUACUAUACGCUUCUGGGAGGCAGCAUCGGGUACAUGUAAUCGUACAGUCAAGUAUCCAGACUCGAUUACACCGGAUAAAAAAUAUAUUGCAGCAGCAGGUAACCCUCAUAUCCGUCUCUUCGAGAUAAACAGCAAUAAUCCCAAUCAUGUGACGAGCUACGAUGGCCACGCAAGCAACGUCACGUCGGUGGGCUUUCAACGUAAUGGCAAAUGGAUGUACUCGUGCUCGGACGAUGGGUGUGUUAAAAUCUGGGACUUGAGAGCUCCUGGCUGUCAACGUAGCUACGAUGCUGGCGUACCACUCAACUCGGUCGUGCUGCAUCCGAAUCAGGCGGAGCUACUUGUUGGAGAUCAGAAUGGAUAUAUACGUGUCUAUGACCUGACAGCUAAUACUUUGGUGACCAAAUUGGAACCACCAACUGGAGAUACAGGAGAGAGCAGUAUUCGCUCGGUGGACAUUGUGCGUGACGGUAGUGCUUUGGUAGCAGCAAACAAUCAUGGCAAAUGCUUUUUUUACCGUCCAAAACCCGAAGGUCACUAUGACUUGCAUGGUUCGAUUCAAGCGCAUAAUGGCUAUAUUCUAAAGACAAGAAUCAGCUCGAACGGCAAAUUUCUAGCUACGUGCUCGUCCGACAAAACGGCCAAGGUCUGGAAUCUUUCAGCAGUCAUGGCUGCCUUGGCAAACGAAGUGCCGCCUGAAGCUGACAUGCACGGCAAUGGAUCUAUUAGUUCUCAGAAACAGAUGGGGUCUUCCAGCAUGAGCUCGACGCUGAGUCUGACAGCACCCUCUGUGCCAAGCAGCAGUGGACUUAUUCAUACGCUGCAGGGUCACCAGCGAUGGGUUUGGGACUGCGCGUUCUCGGCAGUCUCGUCGUACUUGGUGACGUGCUCGUCGGACCAAAGCGCUCGACUUUGGGACUUGAGUCAAGGUGAGGCCAUUCGCCAGUACAGCGGCCACCACAAGGCCGUCAUUUGUGUGGCACUAAAUGAUGCCGUCGCAGAUUGA